AUUUUUAUGGGUGUGGGCCCUUCCACCACCUUCAAUCCAAUCCCACGUCUCCAUGCUUUCAAUUACGUAAAAACCAUACGUUAGUUUAAGUAGGUCUAGCAAGCAUCUACGGUAGAUGUAGCAUUGCUCUUUUUAAAGUAAGCAUCGGUGAACCGUGGACGCGGCGAUGGGUGGACCAGUGAUGUGCCUGUGUUCCUCGUCGCCCCGCUUGCCGCUUUGCUCUUGCAGAUUCGGAUCACGGCCUCAAGCGCCGUGACCACGAGGCAAAGGUCGCUGCCGACGGCCGCAACGCCAGCCAUGGACGACCCCGGCUCCGAGAUCGAGUACGAGAUACCCGCCGUCGUGCGUGUGCAGAAGAGCGGCCGCGUCGUGCGCUUGAACGGCACCGACACCGUGCCUCCCUCCCCGUGCGGUGACCCAGCCAACGGCGUCUCCUCCAAGGACGUUGUCCUCGACCCGGCCGCAAACAUCUCUGCCCGCCUCUACCUCCCUGCCGCCGUCGCGGCGAAGCCCGGCAAGAAGCUCCCUGUGGUCGUGUUCUUCCACGGCGGCGCGUUCAUGAUCCACACCACUGCCUCCCCGCUCUACCACAAGAACGCCGCCUCCCUCGCCGCCGCGGCCCCCGCCGUCGUCGUCUCCGUCGACUACCGCCUCGCCCCGGAGCACCCUGUUCCAGCCGCCUACGAGGACGCCUUCGCGGCCCUCAAGGCCGUCGUCUCCUCGUGCCGGCCGGGCGGCGCCGAGCCCUGGCUCGCCGCGCACGGCGACGCGUCCCGCGUCGUCAUCGCCGGCGACAGCGCCGGGGCCAAAAUGGCGCACCGCACGGCCGUCAGGCUGCGGAAGGAACGCAUCGAGGGAUACGGCGACAAGGUCAGCGGCAUCGCGCUCCUGCACACCUACUUCUGGGGAAAAGAACCAGUCGGCGGGGAGCCCACCGACGCCGCCCUCCGCGGCGGCAUUGACCAGGUGUGGCAUGUUGCCUGCGGCGGUAAGCUCGGCCUCGAUCACCCGUACAUCAACCCCGCGGCGUCGCCGGAGGAUUUGAGCCAGCUCGGGUGCGUCCGUGUGCUCGUCGCCACGGCGGAACACUGCUGGUUCGUGGAGAGGUCGCGCGCCUACGCGGCGGGGGUCAAGUCCGGGUGGGGCGGCGAGCUCGAGUUCUACGAGACUAAGGGCGAAGGGCAUGUCUACUUCUUGCUCAAACCCGACUGCGAGAACGCCGCCAAGGAGCUCGCCGUUGUGGCCGACUUCGUAAGGCGUUGUUGAGUCUUUUUCUCUUGUUCGCCCGGCGAAUGAUUCAGUAACAGAGGCUGAGGAGCAAAUAAUCUUGUCCUUUA